AAAAUUAUUUUAACGGCCAUCAACACCGGAGCCUCCAGCCUCUCCUUCGUAGGCUCCGGGUUCAUUGUACUAUGCUAUUUACUCUUCAAGGAGCUCCGCAAGUUCUCCUUCAAGCUCGUUUUCUUCCUCGCCCUCUCAGACAUGUUUUGCAGUUUCUUCAGCAUCAUUGGGGAUCCAUCUAAAGGAUUCUUUUGUUAUGCUCAGGGUUACACGACACACUUUUUCUGUGUUGCUUCUUUUCUGUGGACUACGACGAUCGCUUUUACUCUACACAGAACAGUUGUUAGACACAAAACUGAUGUAGAGGAUCUAGAGUCCAUGUUUCAUUUGUACGUUUGGGGUACUUCGGUUGUCAUGACAGUUAUACGCUCUAUUGGCAAUGACCAUGGGCAUAUACGUCGCUUAGGCACUUGGUGUUGGGCACAAUCAGGACGUACAGGAAAGGUGGUUCACUUCAUAACAUUUUAUGCACCUCUCUGGGGGGCUAUUCUUUUCAAUGGCAUCACCUAUUUUCAAGUGAUACGCAUGUUAAACAAUGCCACUCGUAUGUUAGCGGGAAUGUCUGAGCGAUCACACCAAUCAGAUGCAUGGCCAGAUACGAAGGCACUGAACCGAUGGGGUUACUAUCCCCUUAUUCUUAUUGGGUCUUGGUUUUUUGGUACAAUCAACCGCAUCCAUGACUUUAUUGAACCAGGUCAUAAAAUAUUUUGGCUUUCAGUGCUUGAUGUUGGAAUGGCUGCUCUCAUGGGCCUCUUCAACUCAAUAGCAUAUGGCCUGAACUCGUCAGUGCGAAGGGCAAUUUAUGAAAGAUUGGAUCUGUUACCAGAAAGCUGCCACAGAUGGUUCCCAAAGAGUUUGAAACCUAGAGGUCAACGACAGGAGAGUGAACUAGUCCCGUUGAAAAUUGAGGAUCAGCGGUAGCAGUGAUCAUGGAGGAGUUCUGUGUUCGCUGAUCAAAAUUGACAGGAAAAUGAAGAGAGGAACACGUUAUAGUUCCUUCUUAUCAAGUUGUUUUGUUGCCUCUGCAGAGGAAUUCCAAUCCAUUUCAGUUUAUGGAUUGGAGAAGGUUUGCUAGAGGGAGCUGUAGAACAUUACUAGUGUUCAUGGAAGCAAUGUAAAGCAUGUCAACUUUUAGCUUUGGAUUGUGUCUGAAACAGCUGAUUAUUCUUUCAUCGAUUCAACUCAUGCUCAACUGUAAAUCCGCUGUUUCUUUUACUUGCUUUAUCUAGAGUUCUGUUAAAUUUCACAAAAUCUGUGCAAAAAUGUAUUUGUUGACUUGCUGAACUACCUAACAAUUCUUGGAAUCUUACCGGGGAUUUCCUUUGAGUGAA